GUUUAUCAAAUUCCUGGGAAGGUGUUAUUCAGCUCCUCUGCUAGGAUCUACAAUGUUUGUGACCUAAAAGCUGCAGAGAGACUUUUCCUUCUGCUUAAGAAAGACUCUCCCAUCAAGAUGUCCUCAUACAAUAGUCCAGGAAUUCAUCUUUCCUACAAUCAAGGCUGUUGGGUGACAGAUGUCAGUGGAUUGGCACUGUAAUGACAUGGAGUCGCCUGCAGGGGGAGCUGAAAGCAAGCAGAAAUGCUGUUAGGAUGAGCAUGACCCAGGGAGCUAGAGAAAAGGGGAGAGGGAGUAAAAGGCAAAGUGAGGAGGGAGAACUGUGUCACCAAGAGUCCAGGAAGCGUGCAUGUGAGUUUACAUCGGACGACAGCGAUGUAAAAAGACUGAGUGGCAGAGAACAGAGAAGACAUGCAACAGAAGUGGAAAAAGAGGAUAGUAACAGAGAACUGGAGGAGGUGUGCGCUGUGGAUUCACAGAAAGAACUGGAGGGAAAUGCGGAAAGAUGCAAAAAAGACAUGGAUGGCUUGGAAAAUGAUCCUCCUUUGGAAAGUGUGGAAAAAGUGUCAUUUAGGAUUAACUGUAAAUGCAGCGGGUCGCUGUCUAGAUGCAUCACUGCACAGGAGGUAAGCAAAGUGAUGGGAAUAGGUUUGAGCCAAAUGCUAGGCUGGAAGGCUGACCUGAAGAACCCGAAGCUGGAGAUUAACGUCUAUCUGAGUGACGAUUACUGCCUGCUGGGAAUCCCACUCACUAGGUCUCCUCUGGCUAAUCGUAGCUAUAUUAAAACCACCGGGCUGAGGUCUACCAUCGCCUGGGCCAUGGCCUCCCUGGCUCAGAUACAGCCAGGUUUUCGUGUACUUGAUCCAAUGUGUGGGGUAGGAACCAUCUUAAUAGAAGCUGCAAAAGAACACGAGGCUGCCUGUUUUCUGGGGGUGGACGUUGACGAUGGACAGCUGCUGAAAGCUGAGAAGAAUAUUGCAUUUGCAGAGCUUUGGAGCAGAGCACACCUUCUGAAAGCAUCGUCUCUGGUGUUGCCUUUGCCCAGUGCCAGUGUUGAUGCUGUUGUCUGUGAUUUACCAUUCGGCAGGAAGUUUAGCACCAGAGAAAAUAUGGCUGAGAAGCUUCCACUCAUCCUCCGAGAGAUGGAAAGAGUCCUUUGUGUUGGUGGAACUCUAGUGGUGCUCCUGAGUCCUCAGUUGUCUUUUCUCCUGAAAAAACUUUUACAAACACGGACUGGACCAAAGGAAAACGAGGAAGCAGAGUCACACGCUGGCAUAAAUAACUGCCUUCCUUCCUCCUCAGAGAAGCAAUCCUCAUCUUCACAGGAAGCUUUGAAUUUUUCAACUCUUAGACACCAAAGCACACAGAGAGUAAGCUUGGGGUUAAUAGAUGGACUGAUCCAUAAAUACAUCAAAACACUUGAUUAGGAUUAAAAAUAACAUUUUUAAUCAUAUAAUGCUCUGUCAUAUCUGAGAAAUUAGUUCUUAUUUGAAAUGCUG